AUGUCGUCGCACCACGACUCACAAACUAGGUACAUUGGCCAGUCUGGUCGCCAUUACAGCGUCGAAAAGGUGCUUCAGGAAGAAACAUCUCCAGUACGCCGAGUCUACUUAGCUACUGCCAGCAACCAAAAGUUCAUACUCAAGUAUGUUCACGAAGUCAAUUUCGAGGACCUUCAAGACAUAAACAAUAGGUUACGCGGUAGCGCUAAACAUGUCCGCCUCGUCAAUGAUACUAUCUCUGAGAACUCCAUGUUCGUUUUCCAGUACUUUGCCGAUCAUCUCCUCAGCCUCGCUCAGAAGGACUUGCCCCUCGCAGUGACAAAGCAGAUCCUGAAAGAUGCACUUCGUGGAAUCGCUGAACUCCAUGACCAGGAUAUUGUCCACACGGAUAUCAAACCGGACAAUGUUUUGAUCGACUGGAAAGAGCAUCAAGAUGGGAUAUUUAUCGAGCGAGUUCAGCUUGGGGAUCUUGAAGAUGCGGCACAUAUCCCUCCUGGAUCAGAUAUGAUCGGAAAACAGGCCGGUAACUGGAUGUGGAGGAGCCCUGAAGCACACGCCAGAGGACCGGUGAAUAAGCCGUCUGAUAUCUUCUCUUUCGCCCUUGUGUGCAUUUAUGCGGUGCAUAAACGCGUCAUCUUUGCUGUUGGGGAAGAGGAGCUGGACGAGGGUGUGGAGCCCUUGGCUGUAGUAAUCGAACGCCAAAUCUCGUAUUUUGCAGAUGAGGACGGACUAAGUGGAUUCCUGAGAAACCUCGGCGACAAUCCUUGGGUUCCCAUUUUUGAAGUAACUCGGAAUGGUUUCAAUAAAGACAAACCGCGUAGGCCAUUCUCUCUAUGGGACGGCGUCGACGAAGAUUUUAAAAGUCUUAUUUGUGCCAUGACGAAUUUCGAUCCGGAGAAGAGAAUUACGGCGCGCGAGGCAUUGGCACAUAAGUGGUUUGAGGGUGUGUAA